ACAAACUACAAACAUGAUGGAUGCGCGAGACCAACCGUCAAGAAGAGAGGCUUCGACGUGUUUGGACAUUAUCGUCUGAAUGCAGAAUUAUCCAGACAUCUGAGGAGAUUUCUCUGCAUGAAAGACCCGUGAAUGGGAGAUUAACCUGCUGCUGCUGCUUCUCCAAUAAGGUGGAUAAAUGAGCGAACAAUGCCAUCAUUGAGAAAGACGCUGCUGCUGCUGAUUUAUGUGUUAUGCGCGUUCCGCUCUGCGCGCUCGGGAGACUCUGGAGACGCCAGACCCUGCUCCGGACCACACUGUCCGGGGGGCAGAACGCACAAACCGUCGCGACAACACAACCCGACGACACAGAGCAGAUCAAUAAAUCAGCACCAUCCUCCCUCUAGCUUUCCAUUGGAAAAUCACGCAACGCAUUUGUCCCAGCGCGGGCGGUCUGGAGACCAGACAAGGGAAAGCGUCCAGACGCGCGUGCCAGGAGGUUUUGGUCCUGCGUGCGCAGAUUGCGUUAGACCAGAUCAUGUAAUGAACGACACCAGCGAAUGCAAAGGAAUUGAGUGCCGUCUGCCUCUGAGGAUACGCAGACCCUGUGCUGGAGAAGGGUGUGUGCCCGGGACCAGCCAACCUCCCCUCGUCCAUGUGGCAGACAGAGCCGCUCAGUUUCUGGGGGAAUUUCCGGACAUUGGAUAUCCUGCAUCAGAGAGCGGGGCUCCACUGGGAGUUCAGCUCACUUGUGACAUCAAACCAGGAGAGAAUGAAGUACCAGCGGAGGAUGCACUUAUCCUACAUCUACAGCUGGCGAAGGGACAAGAGAAGCUUGUGGAGGCUUUGAGAGCUCAGCAAGUGGUGAUUCGUGAUCUGCAGAAGAGGCUGGUGGACCAGCAGGAGACCCUCCUUUCCCAGCAGCGAGAGAUACUCGACCAGCAGCGUCGCAUGUUUGAGCAGAUGGAUGUGGUGAAAGUUCAGUACGGUCUGCUUUCUGACACCAUCAAGCAAGUUUCCUUCCAAGGCCUGCAGGGAGAACUGCAAAGCUAUUUCGAAAGUCACCUGACGAGUCUUCAGAACCAAGCACGGAGUCAUCUGCAAAAGUCUUAUGCUGUGCAUAAGGUUGAUGUGGACGCCAAGGUGGUGAAUGUUGUUGGGGAUGCAGGGCACCCAUUGUUGGGCUGCCAAACGGUGUGUGGGCCUGAAGAAUUCUGUGAAUUCCAGAAGGAUCAACCACAGUGUGAAAAGUGCACUGUGUGUCCACCUGGAUUCUUCCUGGUGUCCCAGUGCUCGCCUACCGCUGAUAGGAUGUGCCAGGACAGGGAUGAGUGCCUAGAAUUACCAAGCUUGUGUGGAGAGCGAGUAAAAUGUCUCAAUACUCCAGGAGGGUUUCGUUGUCUUGGUGUCUCAGAGAGGGAGAUUUCCACAGGACUGUGUGGUCUUGAGUACUUCUACAAUCAGGAACUUCAGGAGUGCCAGGCUUGUUCAGACUGUGAUGGUGAGCCGGUUGCCGUUCCCUGCACCUCCACAAGUGAUGCUGUAUGUGGAAGUGUGUCUGAGAACAUGCUCUCACAGUCUUGGGCUGCUUCAAUUGUCAUACCACCGACCAAACUGAGAAGUACUUCAAUCUACCCAGGGGUACAGCUUAAAAUUCGUGGCAAAGAAGAAAACAACCUACUGAUCAACCAUGAUGAUUACCUCAAUCUCCAACAACAUGGACUUGUCUGGAUAGAUUACAACUUUGCACUAAAGCACAGCUGCAGGAACUUUCUCCAAGUUGGGAUACAGAUAAACGGUAGUGAAGAGGAAGGACAUGACCUGAGUGGGGUUCGAAUUGAGCAACCUGAACGAAAGUUCUUCCAGGGUGUGACUGUAAGUGCUGCAGCUGAGGUGGAACCAAAUUAUAAUCUUACACUAGUUCUGAAGAGUCCUAACCAAUACUGCAAUCAAAGUAAAGAUAUUCAAGUCUAUGAGCUUGGAGGGGCUUCGUUCAGCUUGCUAUGGCUUUCCCAUGACACUGGUGCUGUGGCCAUGACUGCUCAGAUGUCCACAGCAGCCCAUUACCAGAGUAACUACCGUCCAACUUUCCGUAUUUCCACUGUUUCUGAUCCUUACAUUGUGUCACUGACUCAUGACAGCCGUGGGGUGCGCUUCAUGGAGAGCGGUGUGGUAAAAUUUGUGCUCCAACAGGCUGUUUAUUCUAUGGGCCACACAUGUGUUCGAGAAGGUUUCUCUCUGAUUGCAUAUGUCAACCGAAAUGGCACUAACCAGGAGGUACUACGCUCUUUCAAAUCUGGUGUUAACUACAGGGAUACGUCCAUCACUCUUUCUGGAGCUACAAGGGUAGAUAGUGAAGACUGGCUCAAUUUUGAGAUUGUCGCCCCAUCUCAGUGCAAUGUCCGCUACUUUGGCGAUAGCUCUGGUAUUAGUAUGCUGAGCUUGAUCUGGAUCCCUGCCACAGUGUCCUCUACUUUCAUGGCCACUGUCUCAAGAACAGGUCUACCCACUGGUGCAGUUCGAAACAAACCCCUGUUCUUUAGGCAAAUGAGUCCAAAUACAGACCAAAUGCGGCUGGCCGCAUCAGAUGAGCCAUAUGCCCACAGGAACUUUUUGUUUACUCAGGCUGGAACAGUCAGUGUAGUCCUCAACUUAAAACUGAUCCAUUCCUGUAAUGUGAUAAAGCUUACCCUUUACCAGCAGAGUAUGGAUGGAGGUCAGUCUAUAUCUUUGAGCCAGCAGGUGGGUGGACAUAUGCCUGAAGGCAGUGAGUGGGCCAGCGUAGGGCUGAGAACUUCCUUCGAUGUUCAGAAUGGUACUGCCAUCUAUGUUUCCCUGGACUGUGUUCGUGGACGAAUCAACCAGAUCACCCAUGAGGGUGGCACCAACAUCUCCAUUCUUUGGAUGGCAUCAUAACAUACAAAGUAGUAACAGUUUUACAUAGAAAGAUGUCAUACAUAACAGGUUAGUUCACCCAGAAAUAAAAAUGAUGUUAUUAAUUACUCACCGGGGUGGCUCAGUGGUUAGCACUGUUGCCUCAUAACAAGAAGGAUGCUGGGUCGAGUCCUGGCUGGGCCAGUUGGCUUUUCUGUGUGGAGUUUGCAUGUUCUCCCCGUGUUUGUGUAGGUUUCCUCCAUGUGCUCCGGUUUCCCCCACAGUCCAAAGAUAUGUUGUUCCAACCCCCUGAGACCGUCUUUCUUCAUCAGAACACAGAUUAACAUAUUUUAGAUGAAAUCCAAGAGCUCUAUCAUCCUCCAUAGACAGCAAUGUUUACAAGAGGUUCAAAGUCCAGACCUUGUGAAAGCAUUCCAUGUGACUUCUGUGGUUCAAAUGUAAUAUGAAGCUGCGAAAACAGUUUUGUGCACCAAAAUAACAACAACAACAAUAACAACAACAACAACAACUGUAAAAACAACAUUGUUUUCUAAUGUCCUGUUUCAAAUUAGGGUGCACAUUUACUAUGGGCAAUACAACACUACAAUGUUGUGCUGCUGACUGCUGAAAAAAUCUAUAAAAUGUACACACACACACAAAAAAGCAGCUAUAGUUGCUUUAACUUAUGAUAAACUACCGUAUUUCACUAUAGUGUUAAUACACCAAUGUUUUGAAGCAUUAAAAUCUUCACAAUGUAGCUUGUUACACAGACAAAAACAAAACCAAACGUAUGUGGUGAUGAGAAAGUCAUAUAACGUACUAAUACGCAUCACAAGCUAUGUUUCCAUCCACCUAUUUUUAUGCGCUUUUUGGAUACGUGCAUAAAAGAUGGAUUGAUAUAAACGCCAAGAUGCGCAUCAGUUUUGAAAAUGGGCAUAAAAACGUAUACGCAAAACUGAUUAGGAUACACUUUUUAUUUGAUCUAAAAAGAUGCACAUAAACUACGAUGGAAACACUUUUACCGAACAAAUUCUAGUAUGCGCAUAAAAACAACUCAUGAGAUUUUGUUGUAAGAGAUCAUGUGAUGGUAAAAAUAAAUGUCCUAUUCAUGUGUGAAUGGAUAAAUCAGCAGGCUGAGCACAUUGUAAAACAUCUGAAAUGUUGUUUUGGUCAUUCUAAAACGCCUUAACCAUUUCAGUAUUAGUGUUAUUGUAUUAAUAAUUAUAUCCAGAACUUUCAAGAGCGUCUGUGCUCUGCAUCUUACACCGUCAAACGCCACCACGUGUUCAUUGCAUGCCAGCAUCGUCUUCUAAGACAAUCAUUUAUCAAAUAAAGAAAAGACCCACGCAGCUUCUCCUACGUUCUCCUACGUUUUUAACAUUGAUAUUUGGCGCCAGUUAAUUAAGAAGUGAUGAUUUUUUUCUCUUUGACUCGUUGGAUGGAAAUGCUGCUUUAUUUGCACGUCUUUAUGCAUAAAUUUAAUUCGCAUUUUUGGUUGGAAACAUAGCUACAAACAGCUUAUCCACAAGCACUAAACUGCUAAGAAUCAUCAUGGUAAUACACAUGAAACUAAAGCAAUGCCGUUAACAUUUUUCAUCAACAUUAGCUGUAACAAAAACUCUAAUGUACAUCACUGAUGAGAAAAAAAUCUAAAAAGAAUCGCAGUGAAGUAAACAAAACAAACAUAAAAAAUGCAGUGUCGUGAGUCGGAAUUGUUAUUCACCGUAUAUAUUAUUAAGGAAACGUAUUGUUAUCCAGUUUAUGGAUUUUACUGUAGCACUUGUACAGUUUUUUUUCACAGUCUCAUCCAUUGUUUGUAGUGCAACACUUUCAUUUUUGGGUGAACUAACCCUUUAAUAGCUAACAUGAACAGGUGCUAUCAAUACUCCUCUGCUAUUUAACUUCUAUGUUUACUGGAAUGGUGUGAGGAGGAGGGAAUGUAUUGUGCUGUGACAUUUCAGUUACAGAAAUGAAAAUGAACUGACAACAACUACAAAAAAGUACUUUUCUGUGCUUUGGCUGGUUGAGCGGUGACCAAUCUUUCUCAGAAAUGUUUGAUUUAGAAUCACUUUAAAUGUGUGCAAACAGUAUAUACGUACUGUAUAUGUUUGUUUGUUAGUUAGAAAGUGUGUUUGGUAAAGAGUGUGAUUUUGUGCGCGCGUGUGUGUGUGUGUGUGUGUGUGUGUGUGUUUGAGAUUCUGUUGCACUUUAUUAUACUGAAGUGUCAGCCUGAUCUCACGAGAAAACGUAAGUAUUUUACGUUUUGUCAGUUUAGUGGCUAAUUCGUACGAAUUCGUUUGAGUUCAGUCAUACGAAAUUGUACGAUUGGCGAGGCGUGUCACCUAACCCCACCCCUAAACCCAACCGUCAUUGGGGGAUGAGCAAAUCGUACUAAAUUGUACGAAUUAGAUCGUACGAAUUCAUACGAAUUAACCACUAAAGCAAAAAGUUACGAAUUGCCGUGAGAUUGUGUUGGAAGUGCUGAACAAUGUACAGCGAAAUGUUAUGUUUUCAAUUAAAACUAUUGGUAUUAGGAUCAUUUAACUUCAUCUAUAUGCAAGAUAGAGGCAUUUCUGUCUUACUUUCAGAUACUUUUAGCAUCUUACAGCAUCUUUCAGGUGUAUUUGUUAUAUUUAGUAUUACAAAUGAAUACUUCUGACCAUCAUAUCCCUUUCAAAACAGACUCAAAUUUGUCCAUUCAUGCUAAGUUAUAGUGUUAUUAACUGGAAGCGGCAUAUGUCUUCCAUUACUCUAAAUUCUGUUGCCAUGUGCUGCCUUCGCAUACCAUGUUUAAUUGCUUCUGUAUGUGCUCAAACUUCAGAUCACAAACAGGGAAGCGAACAAACAGUUGACAACGUUAAUGUUCUGUCUGCUUUAGACUCAUUUUGGUGCAGCGACUGGCAAUUUGUUUACUGUAGAAAUGAUGUAGCGUGUAAUCUUUUAUAAAUCAAAAUUAAAGUCAUAUCUAUUUUGCCAGAGAA